GAAAGCAUAAAAUUAUCACUGAUAAAGAAUGCAGAUGACACAAAAAUUGGGGGAAUGGUAAAUAAUAAAGAGGACAGAUCACCCUGAUGCUGAGCGAUCUGGGUCGCUUGGUAAGCUGGGCGCAAUACUGUUUCUCACUUAGACAAUAAAAGUAGAAAUUAAGGCUUGCAUCUUGCAAAGUUACCUGUGUGGGCACACCACUUUGUCCAUGUGGUGCAUCCCUGAAGGAUUGGGGCCUACAGUGAUCAAUACACAUCAAUCCUGAAUUCCAAGUCCCUAUUUUAAAAAUAAACGUUUCUCAGUUGUAAAAGUGCAACAUAAUAGAAAAGUAAUAUAUUGGUUUUAUAUGCAAAACUAUUACAGAGAAAAUGCUUUUGGAUCUGAGAAUAUGUCUCUCAGUUUUCAACCCAAGGGAACUUUUUUAUACAAAAGUUAUAAAAACUCUUAAAUUAAUUAUUUCAGUACAAAUUAAAGACAGAACCCUAAUUCAGUAGCUCCUCUCUCAUUUCUCUUAAUUAAGGCCCCAGUCAUUCUGACUCAUACUUAACUUUAAACAGUGAAUUGUCCUGUUGACUUCAAUGAGAUAAACAGUGUGUAAAGUUAAGCACAUGUAUUAAUCUUUGUAGGAUCAGGGCCUGAGUCAUAAAAAUAAUAGAGUGGGUGCUGUUUUAAAAACUUCAGCAUUUACAUCUUCUUGUGGUAAUUGAGAAUAAUAUAUAUGGUACUGCAGAACAGUAAAUGCUGAAUUUUAAAUUGCACUCACUGUACUAAUGAUACUUUUAUGUAUAUAAACACUUUACAACCUCCAAGUAUACACCGAUAUUAAUGGAUUCAUCUGUCAUUAAUCUAAUUACUUGGUGAUAUGAUCUAUAAAACAUUCUUACCUGAAUGAAAGUGUCUUUUAGUAUACUGUGCCCCAUUUAAGCACCUAGGGCUUGAUUUUAAAUGGUGUUGAGCGCCUACAGAUCCCAUUGAGUUUUGGCUGGUCAAUACUUGUGAAAAUCAUGUCCUUUAGUGUGGACUUUGCAUAGGGUCUUGUGUGGUAUGGAUUGUGGGGGGAAAAAAUUAUCCAAAAUCCUGAGAAGUCUUCUAGAAGCUAUGGGCCAGUUCCUGUUGAAGUUUAAUGGGGAUUUGCUUCAACAUGAACUUGGACAAAAGAGUAAAUGAUUUAUAAAAUUGUACAUAGGUGCUAAUGUAAGUUGGUGAUACUACAGGAACUCUUGUGUCUUUAUUGGUCUGAUCUUGUAGGUGCUCCAUACACAGGACUUCUAGUGAGAAUUCCAUAUGGAUUGAGCACUGUGCACCCAGCUCCUCUGUAAUUUCUGUUACAAUUUAAAUACUUAAUUUAGUUCAGAACAAAAAGUUUUAAAUCGCUGCUGGAAUGAUGGAUUGAAAAAAUGUCAUCACGGAGAAGGAAUAACUUUCUUAAAUAAUAUUUCUAGCUAGAUGGUAACAUAUACAUUAAUGAUUUUCCCUGACUGAGGUUUUUCAGCAUCAUAUAAUUAAGAAGUUCUACAUAAAGCUGACAAGAGCACAUAAGGAAAUCUGUGUCUGAUGAAAGUAUCCCAUGAUAUGGAUAAAGUUGGAGGAACAUCUGGACAUGCGAGGAUAAGAUUAUGUGGAAACCAUCAGACUUUGGAUGUAUCUUGGUUAAAUUCUAGCCUACAAGACACAUUAUUACCAGGAAAACCAUGGCAUAAGUUCUCUUAUUGCAAUGACUUUCCAUGCCACUAAGGAGGGCUGGAAUCAUCUGCCUUUGGUCAUUGUCUGUAUUGCUCCAUGUGUCACACAGAGGAUACUGCUAAGGAACAAUGUUUUAGACAAACUUGGAGCUGCUCUUGCUGAUGACGUGAAGCACCAACUAAGAAAUCCUAAACCACGACAAAUGAUUUUCUGUCUCCUUGGCCAGCAUUUUUUUAAAAAAAUAUUUUAGCGAGUGUACUAAUCAACCUAGUCUACUAGUAAGUGAGUUAUGGGAGCUUUGAGCCUACAGCAACAUAACGUGAACAUGUACAAAUCUCUUGUUGUCAUAAAAGUAAAGUGGAUUAUUUUGUUCUCAGUUAUAAAAUUGUACUUUUAAAUUUUUCAGUGUAGUUAAUUGAUCUGAAAUAAGAUUAAAAUGUUAUAUAUCUUUUAGCUUGUAUCUAACAGGCUUUCAGUAUUUUUUUCUCCGCUCAGGAAACUUGAAAAGAAAACAUGAUGAGUGUAUAUAUGAGGGUUUUCUCCAUUGGAGCUAUGGUUCAAGUCCAGAUUCAGAGAGAUAUCAAACUCAUAUAAGGAUAGAUUCUGUAGUCCUAACUUAGCAAAACUUUCAUUGACAUUAUGGGAAUUUUGUCUGAAUUAGGAUUGUAGGAUCUAGCCCUUUGAGCAGACUCUUCUUAGAAUGGAAUUCAUGUGGUAGCAGACUUGACAGGUUUGGAAGCAUUUGUGCGUGACAAGGAGGAUGGGAGUAUCCCGUUCUUCAUUAUGGAAGCUGAUGACUGAAUGUAGGGAGGAUGGUAGUGGGGCUGCUGUCCUGUUGUGUAUACAGUUCUGGACAAAAUCCUGAGGAUCUUACUCAGGCAAAAAUGUCAUUAACUUCAAUGGAAAUUUUGCCUAUGAACUGAGCAAGGAGCUCAGGAUUUUGUUCCAUAUCUUUAAAAUCUUCUUAAGCAUUGAUUGUCUGGCUACUAGAAUCUUCUGUUGCCAAAGCAGUAGAGUGUUUUUAAACCUGGGAAUUUCUUGCUCCACAUUAAGAGUAGCCUGAACCAACCUUAGUCUGUGGUAUCUUUACCCUAGGAAAUGGUUAUUUCUCUUAAUAAGAGUAACCUGAUAACAGGACUUGCUACUGUGGGAAUUUAUUGUUCCCCAGUAAGAAUAUCUUGGGACAGGAGCACUCCCAAUAUCAUUAUCUUUGUGAGAAAGUUACUACAGAUUUUCUUUAGGGAAAAGUUACUCUCCCUGUUUUAAAUAUCUAACUUAAAUAAUCUAACACAAAAAGUAGGAAGGCAGAACUUUUAACUGCUUCGUGCCUUACUUACCAAGGUGUUUUUUUUUUAAAUAAGAACCAAAAUAGAAGACCUCACUACACUUUUGAACAUCCCUUUAAAAAAUCACAAAACAAUGUAUUAGUUUUCAAAGUUAAGUACUUCAUCACUUGUUUUUCAAAUUAGGCAUUUUCUAUCUCUAAGGAAGAAGUUCAUUACUAUUUUGAAGUCCACUGCAUUUGUUUUUGCAAGAAAUAUUUUAUAGAGGUAUUUCAGAUCCAUUGCUUCUGUCAGCAGCAACUUGCCAUUUACCCUUCUUUAACUGGGGGUUAGAGGACAAAGAUAGGCAAGGAGGUAAUGGCAGUAUGACUUCUUCAUGUGCCAUGUUACCAAAGGAAGAGAGGAUGUAGGGAGUAAUGGAGGGGUCAGAUCUCUGUGUGAUUGCCCUGGGAUCCAUGAAACUUUUUGACAGAUCUCAGAACAUCCAUCUCGUUCAAGGGUUCUCCCCUCCAUGGCUCUACAAACCACAACCUGGAAUAAUGCUUCAGGAACUCCAUGAAUUAAGAGUUUCUUGUAUUACUCUUUACCUCCUGCAUCUUUUUCUGUUGGUGGAUAUAUCCAACCUUGGAGUUUAACAUUUGAGAGUAAGGCCGAGUAAGACUGGUACAUGAAGAAGAAGUAAGCAUGACUCUGGGUAUUCUUUCUGAAAAAUAAGAGAUUCCUUCAGGUAAACUUUUCUCCAGGAUAAAGAUAUUUAGAAGUAAGUUUGACUCAAAAUAAUUUUACUGAGGACUAAGACAUUCUUGGGAAAGAAGGCUUGCCUCUAUAUUCAGUGGCACCAGUCCUUCCUCUCAGUGGCUGACAUAAGGCACUGCUCAUGGGCAAAUUUUCUCUACUAAAACUUCCUUCCCUAACGUGAUAAUCAACAGUCGUGGCCCUGGCAGCAAAAAAUGGCAAGAACUGUUUAUAAAAGAUGUUAUGUUCUUGUGAUAACCCAAACGUUCUGUACCUAGUCUUCCACAAACAUGAGUGAGAGAGAUCAGAAGAAGUUGGAAGAAGAUACAAGGAUUUGGCUGAAGCAACAGUGCUUAAAAGCUGCAGAACGCAUUAGCUGUCAGUUCAGACUUGGUGAGUUAAGAUAUACUGUCUAUGCCAUAUAUAUGUGGAAACAAGCUUGGACAAUAAAAACAACUGCCACUAUCUGCAAAUCUUACUAUUACAGCUAAAUCUUUGUCUACAAAAGUAUUAAACAAAAGAUUUUAGAGACUCAAAUCCAGCCACCUACUCUAUUUAUGAAUAAACAAGAAUGUGAUUGCACCACAGAAAUAAUGGGUCAGGUUCUGGUUCCUUCUCUAGCUGCUUUUGCGUCAUUUUGAUUGAGCAAAGCAGCUGUAAAGCAAGCAGAUCUGGCCUCCUAGGGAUUCUCCUACACUUGAAAAUCCUUGGGAGGACUGUAGCAUCUCUUAUGCCACACAUCCUGCUGUCUUCCAAUGAAUGAUUCAUUCUAUAGGAAAGGGGCAUCGCCAGUGUGUCCCUCCACUCCAUUGAUUCCUGGGUGCCAGCAUGGCUUUUUGGGACAGUAGGUUCCUGGAUGUGAACGAGAGCGGUCCUUUGUCAGCUCUAAUUUAUGCUGAGGAAUGGCCCAGUCCUUGGUUGGCCCAGGAUCUAGGGAUUCUAAUGAUGAAUAAUACCUAUAUCUGAUAGCAUACUUUUCAUUGUGCUUUUUUUCAUCGAUCUCAAAGCACUUGACAAAGGCAGUACGUAUCAUUAUCUCCAUCUUUUCAGAUAAAAUGCCACCUGAAAGCAAGCUGUCUUUACCCCUCCUUCAAUCUUGCACCAAACACAGAUUUGCCAAAUGGAAGGAUGUGGGCUAAAUGGGUCAAAUUUAUCCCUGAUGUCAUUCCACUGAAGUUGGGGGAGUUAAUACCGUCGAUGAAUUUGGCCUGCGGUUUAAUUUGUUACUACAGAUGUCUCUCACAUAACUAUCACAGUUACCAGGCUAACUGUGCUUCUGACUACCUCCUGAUUUCUGAGUUCAUCCCCUCUCACAUCUCAUCAUGUACCUUGGGAUGGAAUCACCUAAUUCUCCCACUCUCAGACCAGGUCUGACUUAGUUUCAGUUCCUGCAGUUCUUUUUCCGCUAGGAGCUAUGACAGUGGUACCCAGUGACCAGACAGCCUUCUUAAAGGAAAGUUUUUAUUUUUUUUUAAAAAGCAUUUCAAAGAAAAAGACCGUAAAACAAUAAAACAGACAAUAUUCACGUCUAGGUAACCCAUGUGUCUGUCCAUCUUCUAGAUGGGGAUCCUGGUAGACCUAAGCUUCCUAUAGGCACCACAAGGCUGCUAGGCUCUGAGUGACAGUUCCUUCCAUUAAAUCACAAAUCAAUUCUCUAUGUCUGCUGCAGGGAGUUUUCUGUCUUUAAAAGCUACUCAGUGCUUUAAACACGCAUUCACAGGAAUUGUCACCUCUAACCAUUUAGUGUCCCUUUUGAUCUCUAGACUCCCAGUCUUGGCAGAACAGAUGCAUAACUUUAGGCUGGAGCCUGGAAGUAGGCCAUUGUCUUGUAAUUGCUGCCCAGUUGAUGGGAGGUUGCUUACACAGAGCCACUAUGUUGUCCUUUCCUGCUUGUCUUUCCAACAGUCCGCUAUUAAGAUAGACCAGUACAUCCAUACAGGAAAGUUAAAUAACCUAUUAUAGCUAUACAGUAACUUUACCUCACUGACCAGGCCACAGAUAAUGUUCACACAAUUAUUACAUAUCAAUAUGCUCAGAUUAUUACCUAGCAGCUCCAUGCCUGCCACAGUAAUGUCCAUCAAUUUCAUUCAUAUGUUUUCACCUUUCAGUAUGAAAUUGAAGAAGUCACUGUAUGCCAUUAUUUCCUGCCAUAGGCUCUGAUCCUACAGUGAGUUCUCUGCAGGCAGACCUCUGUACCUGUCUGGAGACCCGCUGAAGUCAGUAGGAUUCUGUGCAGAUGCAGGGGUCAGCCUAUGCAGAUCUCAUAGGACGACUGAAUCCAUGCUGCUUAUUGUCCUUUUUUGUUUACUUUGUGUUUUUUAUCAAAAAAAUUCGGCUAAAAUAUAUCUGGGAAGAAAAUAAAUAUGCAAAUAAAUGAAAGAGAAAUAUAUAUAGCAAUAUCAUACCAACUGCAGCUUAGCAGUAAUUAAGGUUUACCGCAGGAAUGUUCUGCUGUUUUCAAAUUAACUUUUUAUUGUAGGAAAUCUGAAAAAUGUACUGUUUAGUACUGCUGUAUCUCCUACCUGAAGCUAGAAAUGAAACCGCUACAGGAUUCCUUAUUCGAUGUAUGCUCUUGAAUAAAUUGGUUUGCAUGUAAAAAUGACUAGUGUUCAUAUAAUAACUCUGACAGACUGGCUCCCAAAAUGGUGCAUUUUCUUAAUGAUACCUACAACAUAGUAGCAACAGAGAUGGAAUUGUUAUUGGCUACACAUGAGGCAUGGAAAAAGAAUUCUCAAGAGAGAAGCUAGAGUGAAGUUUGGACGAACAGUGGAGCACCGAAUUGCUGAACUGAAAAUUAGAAGUGCCACCCGAUCACCAAUUUCAGGCCUUAUUGAAAAUGCAGUUGUGGAGAAAUAUGAAAAGACACCCUGUAUGCAUUCUUUUGCCACAAAUAAACAAAAGAUUUCAGAGACCAGCAAAACCUUAAAUGUUCUGUAUGUUUUCAGUGGCACAUAUGAACCCUACCUAAUCUAUUGGCUUUUUCCUUUGCAAAUGGCAUUUAAGCAAAUAAUGCCUACAGCUGAACAUCCCUAUGAAUUGGCUAUGUACCUACAUUUCCUACAUCAAAACUUAUUCCCAUCAUGGACAGAGAUCUUUGCAAUGGCUGAGUGGAUGAUGAGCCUUCUGGAGAGAGAGGACACUGAAUUCUUCACUCAUCUUCAACAGUGUUUCAGAAAGAAUUUUGCAGUUGAACCAAAAGAUUUCCUGGUGGAGUUGAUAGUUCGAGAAAGAGAGAAAGCUCAAGAACUGUACACAGCCACAGACAGAUCUGAGCAAAACAAACAUCUAACCAAGGAAUUGCUGGCAAGCCCAGUCAUUUUCCUCAGAAAAUGGAUGGGUGAAGGUUUUGUGAGUAUACUGGAUUUUCCUGCAGUGUUGUUGAUUUGGGAUCAAAUGUACAUGCAAGAUUGGAAUCAAAAGGUGAUGGAGAAUUUCAGUCUCUCAAUCCUUAUGCUAUUAAAGGAUUCACUAAUGGCUGCCAAUGAUUAUCCAGCUAUAAGAGAGGUGUUUUUGUUCCAUGGUUGUCAUCUUCUUACAGCUGAUAUUCAAAGGGCCUGGAUUCAUCUUCAGCAAGGUGGUUUACCAGCUGACAUCCCUGGGCUUAGCAGGCCGAAUCAAAGGCCACUUGCUGAUCUGUCUCCAAGGCCCAGCUCAAUGGAAGCUGGAAAGGUUUCUCUUGGCUUCCAGGACAUCUUGCCAGUUGGAGUGAAGGAUGUUUUACUGAAGCUAGUUUUACCAGUACCACAGGUUGAGAUAUCACACACUGAAACUUGGUUGAAAGAGUUUGACCCUCUUGCUGUGGAGUUAACAGUUUCAGUAUUUUAUGGCCUUGAAAAGCUGCAUUCCAAGGCUAGCUCUUUUAAACCCUCUCUUGUAAAGAAAACCAAAGGAAAAACAGCAAAAAAAAGUGAAACCGCUGAAUUUACUGUUCAGUUCAAUGAAACAUUUGCCUUUGAUUCUCUGGAUCCAUCUGAGUUUAUAAAUAUGGCAGAAGCUAAGCCCUAUAUUGUAUUAAAAGUAGUUUACAAGUCUAAAGGCAAAGACUCACUGACUCUUGGAUGGCAAAUGGUGGAUGUAUUUCAGCAAGAAACUACAAAUAUUGGAGCUAUAUGGAUACCUAAAGAGUUUUCUACACUUGUUCCACUGCAUCCUGGGAAACUUCCUUAUAACGUUAUGGAUUAUACUUUGAAGCAUGUCUCAAAAGGAAACUCUGUGAUACGUGUGUUUAAUGAUGAUGGGAAGCUAAACGUAGGAGGAUUUCAAUUAAGACUGAGAGGAGGGAUGCCAACCAAGGAACCAGCAGCUCUUACACCAUCUGCAUUAAAUCAGUAUCCAGUGAUUCCCUGCUGCACUAUACUACUUCGAUUGUUACCACAUACUCAGUUUUCAGUGCUUGCACCAAGCUACUUGAUGGGAUAUUACUUCUCAAAUGAUGCUAAGCCCAGUAAUUCAGAGCUAGAGGUUAUAUCCAACUUUCAAAAGGACAACAGCUUCCCAAAACUUGUACAAGACAUGGCAAUACAUUUAAUUGACAAAGAACAAAGCAAAGUUACACUUGAUCAUUUGAAAGCCUGGUAUGUGGAAAGGUUGGAUGAAAAAAGACAUUCACAACCAGAACACUUUCCAAAAUAUAUCAAUAUACAUCAUGCAGUCCGCUAUCGGCAAGAAGCAGGCAUCCGCAUAAAGGUCAAACAAGCCUUUGGACUUAAAGCUGGUGGAUAUUAUGUAAAUGUGUUCGCCAGAGUCCUUCAGGGAGCUGCAAGCAUGCAUAUUCCUGAGUUACCUCAACAAUGGGCAGGAGAAGAAAAAUUUCUAACAAGCCAACUUGAUUUCACAAGUCUACAGAGAUCACCACGGUGGACUGAUCCAUCUGUGGUGUUACACCCUUAUCUUGAUGAUAAUAGUGUGCUUUUAAUUCAAAUAUUUUGCCUGAAUGCUAUUUAUGUUCCAGAUCCAAGUGGACAGAGAGCAGGAAAAGUAAUAUCCCACCCUGGUCAGAUCCUGGAGCUUAAUACACAAUCACAGUUAGGCUGGACUGCUGUUCCACUCUUUGACAGUGACUAUGUGAGGAGUGGUGUGCACAGUGCUCCGUUGUUUCAGGGUUCUCCAAGUGCAGAAUUUCUCCAGUCUGUAAUCUCUCAGCCAGUGAAGGAUGUUAUGGCUGAAGGAAAUAGUCCUCUUGAAUGCAGGUUAUGGUCAUCUAUGAACUAUCUUCUUGAGCUUUCCCCUCAAAGGUGAAGAAUAUUGGGUAUCAAAAUGAUCAAAUUCUUAAACUGGAUCAAACAUAUUUUCAGGCUCUACCUAAAACUAAGUAUACAUGAUGUGUAUUUUGCCUCCAUUUUGUAACUUACUGAUUUUUUUAAAAAACAUAAAUAAUAGAAUUAAGAAUCUUUUGUACAAAAAGCAUUUCUUCCUGCAUGUACAGGGCAUAAAUUGUAUGUAUCUUUACAUUAAAGUUGUUCCAUUUACUGCUGAUUCAAAAUGUACUUUUGUUGUUUUCCUGAUUAUAAAUGUGAAAGUUCAUUUUCAACAGCUAUUAUACUAUCAGCAACAACAGUUGAUUAAAAAGUCUCUUUGUACCUUAUUGUUUUAUGCAUUAGGAAAUCUGAGUAAAAUUAAGUUACCCAGGACAGCAUUGUUGCAACUCAGCUUCCAUGUGCCUCCUGAAAUAGUUGCAGGAUGAUGCAUUGGUUUUCUGUCAUUUGCAACUCUGUAGGUGUCAAAUACAGAAUGGCCACCUCUUCACUCCUUUGCCACAUUGCAAACCUCUUAGUGGCUUAAUGACACUUAAUUAUUCAUCCAUAUAGGGCCAAAUUCUCAGCCCUGCUUGUGUAGCUAUUAUGAUGCACAACCCUUUUCAAGUUCCCCCAGCUGGCUGCCAGCUAGAAUUGACAGGGAUGUGAGGAUGUUGAGGUGGUGAUGGUGCUGUUCUUGUUCAGAGCCUCACCUGAAAUCUGCCCCAAAAUCUUGAGUUCAGUUUAUGACAGAAGAACUUGCUGAAGUCUGACUUCUCCCUGGGAUAGGGGAGGAGUUGCAUAGCUGUGCAAGCUGUAUGUGGCUACACCAGGAAUGUGCUUCACUCCUCCAAACCAGACACACUUAGAUGAAAGGAAACCUAAGGUUAUGGGACUGCUAAGGGCUAUAUGCCACAGAUGUUCCUGCACUCAAAAAUAAAAAUUAAUUUGGUAAGUAUCUAAUGUUUGAGCUUUUGCAUCUGCAGCUCUUUCUAAAUGUAAAGCAGAGUUAAGUGUCCACACAAUGCAUUUAACAGCUGGCAUGUUUUCUGCAUUCCUGUGUUUGCAUAAGAGAUCGUGGAUAAUCAAGUUAUUGUGAUAGGCAAAAAAUGGCAAAUAGACAAUUUCCAUCUAUAAAGACACUUGCCACAUUUGCCCUGUUAUCAGAAACAAUAACUUAUAGGUGAAGGGAAUCUUCUUGAUGAUCUUGUCAUACAGUUCCUCUAAUGAUGUAUCUUUAGGAGGACUGUAAAGAGAGACAGUUUCUUCACCCAAGUGUCUGCUUCAAUGUGUUUGUAGUGUUUGCCAUUGUCCUUCAUAAUGUACCAAUAAUCAAAUUUAUCUUAUUUCCUCAGAUGUUCUUAAUCCUUUCACUCCAGCUGAAAGCAUCCAAACUGAAGCAUUUAUAUUUCAGAUAUCUUUUUUUUAAUGGACAAUAUCAGCUUAAAAAUUCAAUUACAAAUUCCUUUCUUGUGUUACAAAUUAUUCCUUAGAUUAUUAAUGUCAUGAUGAUGUACAGGCAGGAGCAAGCAGCACAGAGAGGCACAUGUGAUUGUAACAGACAUUAGUGUUGUUAGUAAUAACCUAGGUGUACUGAAGCCUAUAUCUUAAUUAACUCUUUAAAUGCCUUCCAUCACAACCAAGUGAAAGAACUGCUUUAUCUGAUUUACUGUUCCACUCUUUAUGCUGUCAGUACACUUUGGAUUUCUCAGUUUGGCAAUGAAAAUAGAUUAGUCAAUUUCACUUUGCUUUUAGUCAAUUUCACAUGCAAAGAACACAUUUUAUAAAAUAGAAUAUCUGUACUCUUGGUAAAAAAAGAGUUUUGUAUCACAGAAGGAAUUGUUGAUGAUUUUAAAAGAAAAUCAUUCAUUCUACAAUAUUCUUUUUAGUUUCUCUUAUCCAUGCCCCCAUCUUGGAAGUCCCUACCAGUGCUAUGUGGACUGGCAACAUUUGGCCACAGCGUUUCAGAUGUCUGGUGUGUCCUUUGCUGAAAAGGAAACAGCUGGGUAUUUUCUGACAUAAUGUGCCUAAUCCACCUCUGCUGUCAUCUUAAUUGCUGUUGCUGUUUUUUUAAGUCCUCUACAGAAGGUCUUUGUAAUGACAAGUGAACAGUUUACGCUUCAUAAGCAUACAUAAAGAAAGUUGCUGCUAAUUGGAGGGGGAGUAAUGCAGUUAUGAUUCCUCAAUGUUUAAGUUACAAUUGGUUAAAAGGACACAUUUUGGUUAGUAUUUACACUGCUAUAUAAAAUUCUAUCCAGGGUGAAAUUUGUUUGAGAAGGUCUGACCCCAGAAAUGACUAUUUUGGAGAAAGAAGAGAUGUUUGUUUAAACCUUACUUAUAAUACCAACAUCAGCAUUUCUAUUACUGUUUUAUUUCUUAUUUUAUCUGUGGUUGUGAACUGUUAAUGGAUACAAUAGCCAGUCAUGUCACAAGCCGGGGAGGGAGAAUCCCGGUCAUACCACUGAAGAACUCCUUUUUUUCCAUACCCUGCCCUCAAGGCUUGUUGCCGUAAUCUUCCAGAUUAAUAGGACUCUUCAGAGCCCAGCAGUGAUGCCCCUUAAUCUACCAGAGGGGGGUUAUGUUGAGUAAUGUACUCCCUUUCCCCUCCACUGCUUACCCUAAGGGCUUAGCACACUGCCUCAGCAGCACUCCCAGCUCCUAAGAGGUUGAAGGGGCUUGUUUUUAAACUUCUCUCUCCUCCAAAAGUUACAUUUCCGUAGUAUAGAUAGCUAUAGAUAAAGUACUCUUACAGUUAUAUGCCAAAACUUGUUUUCUCUGAAUGUUAAGAUGUUUUCCUUUUUGCUCCUCCUUCCACAGAUAACAAUAUCUUUGGAGAGAAUCAGCCUGGAGCCUUGCUUCCUAUAAUCAUUAAAGGGCUGAAGGUGUCCCUUAACUCCCCCUUCCAGCUUGCUGACUCACUUUGUCAGUAGCUUGUGUGAUAUGAGAAGAUAUCAUUCUUUAGAAUCAGAACAGGGAAAGGAACGUUGUUUGCACUGAGAGAAUCAUAGAGAUGACCGUUCUUUUUUUCCUAAAGUAUUCAGUGUGUAAUUGCUGAAGACAUUUCAAGGCAUUCUAAUGAAGUGUACUGUCUGCCAGUCUGUGUGCUCUUCCUAGAGAACCAUCUGUUACACCUCAAAUAUCUAAAGGUCUGCCAUCAUUUAUUGCACCAAACAAAUCAAUUUCUUUGUCUGACAUGCAGUAACUUGUGAAUGUGGCCUCCUAGAAGGUAGUUUGUGACCAUGCAAACAGGAUCUUCUGUCCAUUGUUGCCAUAUAAAAAACAUUUUCUCAUGACUCAUCAUAGCAAAUUUCUGAUAUCAGACCGACUGAUGUGAUUUUACUUUACUUGAUAACAUAUGUAAAUACUAAAAAAAUCCUGAAUGAUUUUUCUCUUCACUCAGUCAUUGUUACAUCAUAAGCUUUUUCUUUUGGUAAACCAAACCUUUCUUUGUAAUACUCUGUAGGUCUUGUGUAUAAAGGCAAUUUUGAACUAACAUGGCCUUAUUUUAACUUGAUUUACUGUUCCUUUAAUUAGAUUAUUUGUAGCUGAAACACGUAACCUAACAAAUCUUGCUGUGUCAUGUUGCAGCAAAUAAAGAUAUUUCAAAUUACGCUGUUUCAUGGUUACCAGAAGGGUUCUUCUGAUAAGCAUGUAGGCCUUUACAAUACAAGGA